GGGCAGACUAAUCAAUCUUUCUCUUUUUUUUCUUCAUAACAUAUAAUAUGGCUGACAACGAGUACGCUGGAGCUAUCGGUAUUGACUUGGGUACCACCUACUCCUGUGUUGGUGUUUGGGAGUCUGAGCGUGUCGAAAUCAUUGCUAACGAGCAGGGUAACCGCACCACUCCCUCAUACGUUGCUUUCUCUGACAACGAACGCCUUGUUGGUGACGCUGCCAAGAACCAGGCUGCUAUGAACCCCAAGAACACCGUCUUCGAUGCCAAGCGUCUCAUCGGUCGUCGUUUCGAUGAUCCCGAAGUCAAGGCUGAUAUGAAGAACUGGCCUUUCACCAUCGCCGACAAGGAUGGUAACCCCUUCAUCCAAGUUGAUUUCGAGGGUGAGACCAAGACUUUCUCUCCCCAAGAAAUCUCCUCUAUGGUUCUCAUCAAGAUGAAGGAAAUUGCUGAAGCUAAGCUCGGAAAGACCGUCAAGAAGGCUGUCAUCACCGUUCCCGCUUACUUCAACGAUUCUCAGCGUCAAGCUACCAAGGAUGCUGGUACUAUUUCUGGUAUGGAGGUUCUCCGUAUCAUUAACGAGCCCACUGCUGCUGCCAUCGCCUACGGUCUUGAUGCCAACGACAAGCAAGAGAAGAACGUCCUCAUCUUCGAUUUGGGUGGUGGUACCUUCGAUGUCUCCCUCUUGACCAUCUCCGGUGGUGUUUUCGCCGUCAAGGCCACCGCUGGUGACACCCAUCUUGGUGGUGAAGAUUUCGAUAACACCCUCGUCAACCACUUUGUCCAAGAAUUCAAGCGCAAGCAGAAGAAGGACAUCUCUGGUGAUGCUCGUGCUCUCCGUCGUCUUCGCACUGCUUCCGAGCGUGCUAAGCGUACCUUGUCUUCCCUUACUCAGACCACCGUUGAGGUUGACUCUCUUUUCGAUGGUGUUGACUUCCAGGCCAACAUCACCCGUGCCAAGUUCGAAGAGAUCAACUCCACCCACUUCAACGGCACCAUCGAUCCCGUUGCCCGUGUCCUCAAGGAUUCUAAGAUCGACAAGAAGGAUGUCCACGAAGUUGUCCUUGUCGGUGGUUCCACCCGUAUUCCCAAGAUUCAAUCUCUCCUUCAAGACUUCUUUGACGGUAAGGAGUUGAACAAGUCUAUCAACCCUGAUGAGGCUGUUGCCUAUGGUGCUGCUGUCCAGGCUGCUGUCCUCACCAACCAAGCUGGUAACGAGAAGACUCAAGACCUCCUUCUUUUGGAUGUUGUCCCUCUUUCUCUCGGUAUUGAGAUGCAAGGUGGUAUCAUGGCCGUCGUUGUUCCCCGCAAUACCCCCAUUCCCACCCAAAAGUCCAAGGUCUUCACCACUGCCUCUGAUAACCAGACUCAAGUUAAGUUCCCCGUCUACGAAGGUGAGCGUCUCAUGACCAAGGAGAACAACCUUCUCGGUGAGUUCGAACUUUCUGGACUUAUCCCCGCUCCCCGUGGUGUUCCCGAGCUUUUGUGUACCUUCGACAUUGAUGCCAACGGUAUCUUGAAGGUCUCUGCUCAAGACAAGGCCACUGGUCGCAAGGCUAACGUCACCAUCUCCAACUCUACCCGUUUGUCUGCUGCUGAUAUCGACCGUAUGGUCAGCGAUGCUGCUAAGAACGCUGAGGCUGAUAAGGAACGCGAAGGUGUCAUUCAGGCCAAGCAAGACCUUGAGUCAUAUGUCUACCAGGUCGAGAACAACAUCACCGACCCUAACAUCUCCCUCAAGAUCCGUCGUGGUGACCGCGAGACCAUUGAAACUGCUCUCCAAGAAGCCAUGGAACUCUUGGAUCUCAACGCCGAAGAGGCUAACGUUGAUGACCUCAAGGCUGCUCACCAGAAGCUCAAGCGUGCUUCCACCCGCGGUUUCGCUCACGUCUACAGCUCCCGCCGUUAAAUCACAUAUUUUUUCUGCCAGAUAUUAAACAGAAUCCUACCAUUGUAAACCGGUGCGGAAAAUAUCGAGAUUUGUACAAACAAAAUAUAAAAAAAAAUCAUUUGGGAAUACAAAAAAGCUAGUCUUU